GGAAGAGGCCGCCGCUUCCUUUCUCUCCCUGGGCCUCAGCGAGCUGGCAGGUCCGGGCUAAGGGCCGCCGGUGAAUCCGCCUCCAUCCUCCGCCUGCCGCGGGAGCUUGAGCCUUCUCAGCCGCCGCCAUGACGGAGCAGAUGACCCUGCGUGGCACCCUGAAGGGCCACAACGGAUGGGUGACCCAGAUCGCCACCACCCCUCAGUUCCCGGACAUGAUCCUCUCCGCCUCACGCGACAAGACGAUCAUCAUGUGGAAGCUGACCCGGGAUGAAACCAACUACGGGAUCCCCCAGAGAGCCCUUCGGGGCCACUCCCACUUCGUCAGCGAUGUGGUUAUCUCCUCAGAUGGGCAGUUUGCCCUCUCUGGCUCAUGGGACGGCACCCUGCGCCUCUGGGAUCUUACCACAGGCACCACCACCCGGCGUUUUGUGGGCCACACCAAGGAUGUGCUGAGUGUGGCUUUCUCUUCUGACAACCGCCAGAUCGUCUCAGGUUCCAGGGACAAAACCAUCAAGCUCUGGAACACUCUGGGAGUCUGCAAGUACACUGUACAGGACGAGAGCCACUCAGAGUGGGUGUCCUGUGUGCGCUUCUCCCCCAACAGCAGCAACCCCAUCAUUGUCUCCUGUGGCUGGGACAAGCUCGUGAAGGUGUGGAACUUGGCUAACUGCAAGCUGAAGACCAACCACAUUGGGCACACUGGCUACUUGAACACAGUGACAGUCUCGCCCGACGGCUCCCUGUGUGCUUCAGGUGGCAAGGACGGCCAGGCUAUGCUGUGGGACUUGAACGAAGGCAAGCACCUGUACACCCUGGAUGGUGGAGACAUCAUCAACGCCUUAUGCUUCAGCCCCAACCGCUACUGGCUGUGUGCAGCCACUGGACCCAGCAUCAAGAUAUGGGACCUGGAAGGGAAGAUCAUUGUGGAUGAGCUCAAGCAGGAAGUGAUCAGCACCAGCAGCAAGGCGGAGCCACCCCAGUGCACCUCAUUGGCCUGGUCUGCUGACGGACAGACUCUGUUUGCCGGCUACACGGAUAACCUUGUUCGGGUCUGGCAGGUCACCAUCGGGACCAGAUGAGAGAGUGCAGUUGACCACAAGGCGCAGACAUAUAAUUAUGUACAAAACAGAAACAAUAAACUUUUUGUGCUGAACGUUA